GGCUGAUGGAAUUGAAAUUGAGAUGGGGUAGAAGAGGCUACUUGAGUCAGAUUUCAGUCAGUGUGCCCCUCAAUGGAAUAGGCUACCGAAUGCCCAUGCGCCGACACGCACCUAUUUUCCUGACCACAAGGGGCGCUGUGGAGUUUAAUAGUUGCCAAGGAGAUGACAUAAACAGCGAGCUCUCCUCAACUCCACAAGGCUCCGUCCGAGCCCAGCACGGUCAUGUGAGAGGCAGAAAGAAAGAGAGGGAAGAGUAUGAAGCCAAUACCCUAACCAACACUGAAUGACCGCAACUUUCAGAAACACUGAACCAGGACAUACAUCCUCCUAGAAGAACCAGACGGCUAUAUUUGAAGUGGUCAUCUCCCACGGAGGGGCGCGGUCUGGGCCCUGCAUCGUUGUCUUCCGCGGCGCCAUGGCCCCUGUACCGAGGAGCCGGUGCGGCAGCCCUUCGUAGCUCUCUCUGCGGUGCGACCCGCCGUAGCUGCGCCCGUGGGUGGGGGCGCGGGGCGGGGGGGUUGAGUGGCUGUUUGAGAGCAGCAGCAGCAGCAGCAGCAAUAAGCAGCCGGCGGUUGUUAGCGGCACAAUCCCCGACAGGAUGUUCUCGUCGUCCCACAUGAACGGCUACGGGAACCCGGGUUUGUCAGAGCAGGGCAACCAGCCGCCGCACAGGGAGCGGGCGGUGGACUGCCCCGGGGACAAGGAGGGCGGGGACGGCAGGCCCUCGCGCUGCGGCGCCCAGAUGGAGAGGAUCCAGCACUACCAGGAGGAGCUGAGGAAGAGGAGGGAGGAGGAAGGAGGGGGAAGGGCCCGCCACGAGGUGGACCCCGACGCCUCGCUGCGCCUCAAGAAGCUCUCGCAGAACCCCAAGGUGGGCAUCGACAACCCCACCUUCGACGGGAAGGAGAGGCUACCCGAGCACGGCCCCCCCGAGCACGGGCCGGACCCCGCAGCCGAGCUGGAGGAGAUGCUGCAGGCCCUGCUCUGGGCCAAGCAGUGUCUGACAGACACUCAGAGCCAGCAGGACGUGGCACUGGUGCUGCAGCUGCUGACCAAGGAGGAGUUCAGGACGGCCCACAGUGUGCACAGCGCUGUGUCCCGUCAGAUGAACCGUGCGGGGCCAACGGCGCCCCUCACCGCCCAGGCCCAGGGCCUCUGCCAGGAGGUACAGAAGAUUCUCCAGUCCAGCCACCAGAAGGAAGGUGUGGAGCUCCGCACUCUGCUCACCACCCCUCACGUAAAGGCCCUGAUGCAGGCUCAUGAUGGCAUCGCGGUGCAGGAGCUGAACGAGGAGAAGGAGCCAGAAGUCCAGUACAUGGGGGAGACGGUGAAACUGGUGCGGCUGGAGAAGACCCUGGACACCCCUCUGGGCGCCACGGUGCGUAACGACAUGGAGAGCGUGGUGGUGAGCCGCGUGGUGAAGGGCGGCGCGGCGGAGCGCAGCGGCCUGCUCACCGAGGGCGACGAGAUCCUGGAGAUCAACGGCGUCCCCGUCCGCGGGAAACACAUCAACGACGUGCACGACCUCAUCCAACAAAUGCACGGCACUCUGACCUUCCUGCUCAUCCCCAGCGCCCAGUCUAAGCCUCCUGCACACAGACAGACAGUGAUGCACAUCAGGGCCUACUUCGACUACGACCCCUCCGAGGAUCCCUUCGUGCCGUGCCGCGAGCUGGGCCUGUCCUUCCAGAAGGGGGACAUCCUCCACAUCAUCAGCCAGGACGACCCCAACUGGUGGCAGGCCUACCGGGACGGGGACGAGGACAACCAGCCCCUCGCCGGGCUGGUCCCGGGCAAGAGCUUCCAGCAGCAGAGGGAGACUUUGAAGAAAACGGUGGUGGACAAGGGCCGAGAACAGCCGGGGAAGCUUUGGUACGCCAAGAAGACCAAGAAAGCCAGGAAGAAGGACCUACAUAACUUGGACAGUAAUACAGAGUACGAGGACAUCCUGACCUAUGAGGAGAUGGCCCUCUACCACCAGCCCGCCCACCGCAAGCGUCCCAUCGCUCUGAUUGGUCCCCCAAACAGCGGGCACGACAACCUGAGGAGGAGGAUGCUGACCAUCGAACCAGACAAGUUUUCCAGCGCUGUACCGCACACCACCCGGGGCCCGCGGAUACACGAGCGCAACGGGCGCGAGUACCACUUCGUCAGCCACGCCGCCUUCCAGGCGGACCUGGUGGCCGGCAAGUUCGUGGAGUCCGGGGAGUUUGAGAAGAACCUGUACGGCACCAGCACCGACUCGGUCCGCCACGUGGUCAACACCGGGCGCAUCUGCCUGCUCUCUCUGCACACCCGGUCGCUGCGGGUGUUGAGGUCCUCCAACCUGAAGCCCUUCGUCAUCUUCAUCGCUCCUCCUUCCCAGGAACGACUGCGCACCCUGCUGGCCGCCGAGGGGAAGACACCAAAGCCCGAGGAGCUGAAGGAGGUGAUCGAGAAGGCCCGUGAGAUGGAGCAGAGCUACGGACACCUGUUCGACGCCGCCAUCGUCAACGGCGACCCCGACACGGCGUUCCGCGAGCUGCGCCGGCUCAUCGAGAAGCUGGACACCGAGCCCCAGUGGGUGCCAACGUCCUGGCUGUGCUAGAGCCCCAGAGGGGGCCCACCUCCUGGCUGUGCUAGAGCCCCAGAGGGGGCCCACCUCCUGGCUGUUCUAGAGCCCCAGAGGGGACCCACCUCCUGGCUGUUCUAGAGCCCCAGAGGGGGGCCCCCUUCCUGGCUGUGCUAGAGCCCCAGAGGGGGCCCACCUCCUGGCUGUGCUAGAGCCCCAGAGGGGGCCCACCUCCUGGCUGUUCUAGAGCCCCAGAGGGGACCCACCUCCUGGCUGUUCUAGAGCCCCAGAGGGGGGCCCCCUUCCUGGCUGUGGUAGAGCCCCAGAGGGGGACCUCCUCCUGGCUGUGCUAGAGCCCCAGAGGGGGGCCACCUCCUGGCUGUGCUAGAGCCCCAGAGGGGGGCCCACCUCCUGGCUGUUCUAGAGCCACAGAGGGGGGCCCACCUCCUGGCUGUUCUAGAGCCACAGAGGGGGGCCCACCUCCUGGCUGUUCUAGAGCCACAGAGGGGGCCCUCCUCCUGGCUGUGCUAGAGCCCCAGUGGGUGCCCACCUCCUGGCUGUGCUAGAGCCCCAGAAUGCUGAGGUGUCUCUGGGCGUUGUCGGGGUAAUGGAGGGGGGGGCAGUGAUGCUGAUGGUGACAGUGUUCAUAGGGGGAGGUUGGGUGGUGACUUGCCCCCUAAAAUAGGGUAACGGAGGGGUGGAUGGGGGGGAAAGGAAGGGUUUGAGGAAAGGAAGAGUUGGUGGUUACGGGGUCACUGCAGUUUGAACUUGAACAAAAUGGAGAGGCCUUCUUCUUGUCCGUAGAGGAGCUGGCUGUCACCAGGAUGUAGCGGGGACAGACGUGUUUCUUGAAUUAGUUUUGGAUAGUCUGUUUGGGGGAUUUCUUUUUUUUCUUUGUCAAACUCCGUGCAAAGCCAUGUUUGGUAAAGAAAACUAGGGACAGUAUUACAAUUGUUACUUUUAUAGUAAUUUAUGAUUGUACAUAUGUAUUUUGUAUAGAGGAGAAAGGGUUACAUAAUAUCCUAUUGAUGCUUGAUACUUGCUGGGUGCACAAAGUAAAAACACUUCUGCUCAAGAACACCUUUUUAAAACGGACUUAUCUUCCAAUCAACGAAACCAAAACGAAUGCUAUGCAAUAUAUCGAGGUAAUUUAUCUUCACCAAAGUCAGUAUUAUUUAUUAUUGUAAAAAAUAGCGAUAUUUAUGCAAUGAUAACGACAUGCCUCAACGUUUUUAGUAUGUUACGGUUGUCUUAUUCUGUCAGAGGUAAAUCAAUUCACUCCCAACAAUAUAAUUAUAUGGGUCUAGUUUUGUUCCUCCACAUGAGGAACUGGGGUUUCCUUUUAGUUUUCUUAAAACAUUGCUGUACUUCGUCUCCACGUUUCCCAAUCAUUUCUGUUGCCAACUCAGGAAAAUAGUGUCAAUAAAUGUGUGAACAAUGGUAAACAAAAUUUGUAUCUGCCUAUAUAUCAGUUAAAUCGACUGUCAAAGUAAAGAUGUGAAUUGUUUAACCCAUCUUUGCAGAAUGAGCAUGGUAGGUGGCAUUUUUACACAGCUUUGAUGAAUGCUCGAAUGCGCUGGUCAAUCACGGCAUUAUACAGUCUGUUUUUUCAUAAAGCAGACUGUUGCCAUGGACAGUUCAAACCUUAGAAUCUUAAUACUAUUUUAUUGAAAUAUUUUUGUAUUGUUAUAUUUUGUGUCCAAUUAUUGAUUUCCUUAGUAGGGAGAAAAUCUAUUUAAAUAAAUAAACCCCUUAAAGCUGAUCCUGAAUUCAUAAUCCCUUGACUAGCGACAAACAUGACUUCCAAAGCUUUUAUUCCUUAAAAUUAAACAUCG